CUAGUGGGAAAGAUACGAACUAUCUCAUAAGCAGGCAGACAUUUUUGACCCUCGUGCGUUUCUGUAGAAAAACAGAAGCAUGGCUGCCUCCUUGGUGUCUCUACUCGGGUGCUGUCAGCGGGCAUCUCGGCUCCUAGUUGCUAGGCGACCUUGGAGCUCCAGCCCUGUGAGCCCGCCUCCCAUGCACAGGAGGCUGCUCCUCUUCCUCACCCAGCGUUUUUCUGAUUUCGAGGUGCUCCUCAGGUGGAAGUCUCGCAUGAAAAGGAGAAGGCUGCUCAGAAAAAAUGCUUACUACAGCUACACUCAGGGCCUUUACGGUGUUGACAUUGCAGCAGCCUACUUCGUGUUGUGUUUGAAAGGAGGAUUUCGAUUUGUUGGCCAUUCAGAAUGGUUCCGUGCAGACCAUAAGGGAAAGUUCAAUUGGGACUUUUUGAAUUACAAAGACACACCUCUUGAGGAAGUAGACAUGAGUUACACCAUCAUCAACUACACUGGACUGUCCAACUUGGAGGCACAGCGAUCUUUGCGGACUCUGUCUGUACGAGGAUGCUAUGAGGUGGAUGACUGGUUCUUGGCUAGGCUGCAUGUGUUCCAGGACUCUCUGGAGGAGCUGGACAUCUCUCAUUGUCCACAGAUCACCCCAGGCGGCCUGGCUGCCCUGAGGAAUCUCAAGGCACUGCGGCGUCUGGAUGUGUCAUCCCUUCCAAGGAUUUCGACACCUGGCUUGGUGAUCAUCCUGCUAGAGGAAAUGUUGCCACAAUGUGAGGUCAUUGCGUCUGGUUAUGAUCACAGUUUAAAGCCAGAAGUUGAAAAAGGGCACAGUCAAGGCUCGGGGGAAUGAAGCAUCUUUGUUGGUUUCCAUCCAUAUUAGAUGAAUCCACUUCGAUCUACAAUACUGGGUGUGUUAUCUUUACUUUUGUCUGGAAGGAUAAUUUUGUCUUUAUUUGAAAAUCAAGUUAUUUGUUUCAUAACUGUGUACAGUAUGUUAUCAAUAAAGAUUGAUCUGAUCUGA